GCCAUGUUUUCUUGCAAGGCGACAAGAAACGGAGCUACUUUAGAUCUCUUUCACUUUUCUGUUUUGUAUUUAUCAUGAAGCAUUGGCACUUUUCAGCACUACUUAUCGUGGUCACUUUGCAUAACUCGUCCGGGGAGUCGUCGUGAUCGUUCUGCGGAGUUUGCGGAGCGUCGGGUCAUCGUAGAGUCCACGAUCUUUAGGAAACAUGGAGAAAUUGGAGAUGUUUGAAGUUAUGAAAGUGACUGAGGAGGUGGAGAGCAGUUACCCCCAAAUAGAGACGAUGACCCCAAAGAAGAGAAAGAGCAAGGUUCAAGAAGAUCAUGCUGAGAGACCCAAAAAGCCCAGGUCUGCCUACCUUCUAUACUACUUUGAUGUUCACCAGAUUAUGCAACUGGGAGUCCCUAAUCUGCCGCAAUCAGAGAUCAACAAACGCAUCAGUGAGAGCUGGAAAAGGCUCAGCGUGGCAGAGAAAAGCUACUACCUGGAGAAAGCCAAGUUAGAGAAGGAAGGCAUGGAUACAUCUUCUCUUAGUCCCUCCAAAGAUCUUCCAGGUUUCCGUAAAAUCCUACCCAGAGCCAGCUACUACGUCCUGUCUAAAGGCUGCUCCUCCUCCAAUCACCAGCCCGGCGGCUCCCAGUCACAGCCGAGCACUGAGUCUCUGGACAGCCUUGCUGAAGGCGCCAUGCCCUCGGUAUCUGCAGCCCCGGAGUCCCAGUUCACGCCUCUUGGACUGGAUGAGGAGAUCGAACUUUCAGAGCACCCCAUGGUUGUUGAAGGCAUAGCAGAGGAAACUGCAGACACGUCUCCUCCUGUGGCCCUCCAGGGAAUUCCACCCCCAUCUUCCGCCUCCAUAUCAGUCAAAGGAUCGUCUUCCACAGAGCGCUACGUCUCACAGGCCUCGGUUGACCUAAUAGCAAACGUGAGCACACAGACAGGAAGUGAGGCAGCAGCUGCCAGGAGUGAAUCCUGUGGGGCAGUGAUGCCGCAGACACAGGGCGACACUGCACAGGUGGUAACCAUCAUUCCAACACAGAAUCUGCUUGAGACCAAGUCUUUGGCGAGUGUCAACACUGUGGGCCCACUGAUGAUGGUUUCUGUAGGCGGUGGGAUGGAGCAAACCACCAAACCUUCAUAUAAAAUGUCUGCAAAAACAUAUACCAGAAGAGGUCACGGGAGGUGUCUGAACCCUGGCUGCUCCUUCAUGUACGUCACCCGCCACAAACCGCCAACGUGUCCUGAAUGCGGGAACCACUUAGGCGGGAAGUGGAUACCUGCGGCAAAGAAGACAGAAGAAAAAGGAGCUCCCGAUCAAAAGAAGCAACAGACGGUGAAAUCCAAGUCGAAUCAAAGCUCUGAAGCAACACCACCACCUCCUCCUCCUCCUCCUCCUCCUCCCCCUCAGAAGAGUAACGCUGAUGUUAAAAUAAACAUCACUGCAAACAGCAAAGAACGUCAGCAGGGAUUCAAAAAGCACCGUGCACUUUCAGCUCGGCUGCCACCAGAGGGCAGCAGCAUCAAGACACAGGCUCAAACUCAGAGACAAUUGAAAAACAGUCCUGAAGCUGCCGUAGUGGAGGGUCAGGACAGGAGCACCACCGCCCUGCAGAAGAGGCCCAUGAGACCCAUCCUUCCUGCUUGCUAUAAUACAGGCCGGACUUUGUUUCAGUUCAUUACUGUCCUUCCAGAAAAAGGAAAAAUUCAGAGUGCAAACAGCAAUAAAUCAGCUUCUGCGCCUCAAGAGGGUUUCUCAGGUCUGAAACCCAGCACUCUGAAGCAGCUCGGCCUGACAGUCCCAGCCACAACUGCACAGGAUCCGGACUCAGCAGACUCGAGCCAGACUGUCUCUCAGACUGACAAGAUUGUGAACGUUCUGUCGUUUGUUCCUUUCAAACGGCAAACGGUUUCCAGCUUUGACUUGGGACUAUCCACCGCGCGGGGCAGGGGCCGCUGCAGAAACCCGUCCUGUGACUACAUGUACAAGAACAGACACAAACCUGCACUGUGCCCCAAAUGUGGCUUCGAGCUGACGCAGAAGAAGAGUAAAGCCACGAAGUCCGAGUCGUUGCUGGAUCCAUACCAGGCCCUGAGUCCCGCUCAGAAGGAGAUCCAGCGCCAGAGCACUCUGCAGCUCCUGCGCAGCUCCCUGCAGAUUCCUGAGAGCGACACCGAGCUGCAGGAAACAUUAACGCUCAUUCAGGAGCUCAACCGUCUUCAGAUCGUCCUGUUCCAACGGAGCGACCAGCAGCAGGAGGACGGCGGCAACGAGACCGAGACGCUCGUUGAGUCUGGCUGGCCUCAGUUCUACGAAUCGGCAGCGACUCACUGCGCUCUGUGCAACUACCCUCUCUUUAAAGGCAGCCAGAGUACUGUGGCAGGACAGGAGGACUGCUGGCUGCUCACUGAAACCCUGAUGCAGACAGCGUCUCUGCAGCUCAAAGUGUGCCUCAACGUUCAGUGUCUGGCUCUGCACAGCUUCACCGACCUGCAUCCAGGUUUGUUCAACAUCGGGAACAGACUGCUCGUGAGCAUUGACCUGUUCCUGAAGAUCAGGGCCGGCAUCAGACUGGGCCAGUCGCCCUCUCAGGCGGUCGGGACUGUGCUCGACCACGCCCCCAGUCAUCCUGUCCAUUCUCUGAGUCCAGAUGAAUCAUCUCAAGUUCAGGAGCUGCUGCUGAGUGGCUACUGGGCCUUCGAAUGUCUGACGGUGCGAGAUUACAACGACAUGAUCUGCGGCGUUUGCGGCGUCGCCCCGAAAGUGGAGAUCGCUCAGCGGCACACCAAGAACGUGCUGGAGCUCAAAAACGUGGAGUUCACCUGGCCUGAGGCGCCCGUCCCCGACGAGGUGCACGUGGACGACUUCUGGCUGACCAUGGAGAGCGAGGCCAUCGAGCAAGCGGCGUUUCCCGCGGACAUCCCCAUCACACGGGUGGACGCCUCCAUCAUCGCUCCCUUCACCCCCCCUCUGAUGAGAAGCCCCGUGGUGAUCAACACGGAGAAGGACAAGGUCCUGCCACAGACUCAGCAGGGUUCAGGAGAACCGUCGGUUCUGGUUCGUCUCGUUCACGACGGCGAACUGAGGCUCAACCAGAUGGAAGAUCACACCGAGGACGAGUUGAGAAACAUCCUGGACCGCUGCGGAGCGACCGUCAGCCCGGGCUCCACCAAGGCCGAGCUGCUGGCCUCUUUGAUCUCUUUCUACACACUCGUUCAUAGCGGCCUCUCCACCGCGCCACAACCCCCCGAACACCUCACUGCCGGCAAGCUGUCCAAGGUCUGCCCCCAUAAGGUGGUGUGUUCCUCCAAGUAUUUGGUGAGAGGCGAGACGGCCCGAGACCACGUGGACCUGCUGCUGUCCUCCCGCUACUGGCCUCCGGUCUACGUGUGCGACUGCCCCCGUCAGGUGGCACUGUGCGCCGACAUGCAGUAUCCGCAGCUGGCAGCCCAGAUGUGGGGCAGGAACCAGGGCUGCUUCUCUGACCCCUUCGAGAAGCCAGAGCUCGUUUCAUGCGACGAGCUGCAGGAGCAGCCGUACAGGGUGGACCUGUCCUUGGCGGCGGAGAACCAGCAGGUUCACCCCAUCACCAGAUCGCCCUCCUGCUGGCUGGUUCGGCCCCCGGCGGCCCGGCGGCCCGCUGGUCCGGAGCACCACUCCAUGGAGCUGUGCAGAGACCUGGAGCCCUACGUCGGCCUGGUGGCCGAGCUGGGGACGGAGGGCGGGGAGAAAGAAACGACCGACGCGUCCAAGGACGGCGAAACGGAGGACGGCGCCGGGGGACAAGCCAUGGUCUUCAACAACACGGCCUAUUAUUACCUCUACAACCGCCUGGUGGAUUUCCUCAGCAGCAGAGACAUCGUGAGUCAGCAGAUCAGCCAGGUGGUGAAGGCCUGCCAGCCCGGGGAGGUGGUGAUCCGGGACGCUCUGUACCGGCUGGGCGUGGCUCAGAUCAAAACGGAGAAGGGCGACGACGAGGGGAGCGGCCCGGAGGCACCGGCGAAGCAGGACGGGGUGGAGACGUACGAGGUCGUCCUGCCCGACAACGGUUGAUAUCAGCGGAGUGACGAAGACGCACUCACACCGGACGAGUGUUUCACUGUUUUUAUUCACUGUUCAUUCAGUGUGACGUGUCUGUAGCGGACGCAACCUAAAUGUGUCUGAGAUGGACUGAAUUUUAAGAAACGUGAACUGUUUGUAGCUGUGGAGAAUCGUGCCAAGUGUUAAAUGUUGACUGAAGGAAUCUAAAGGAGCGAGUGUUUUUAUCUCCUACAACCAACAGAGGAAAGAAACUUUUAACAGUCUUUUUUUUUAAUAUAAGUGAGAAUAAGAGUAACAUGGAGAGAAUGGAGACCGAAUCUUAACUCUGAAAUGACUGAAUGUAUUUUAUGCCAUUAAGAUGUCAUGAGUGAAAAAAAAAAUACUCUGAAAGAACAUAUGAGAGUGAGACACACUAGAGGGCUGCACCUUUAUGUUCCAGUGACUGAAAGAAUGAUUGAUUUCUUACUAUAAGCUCCUAAUGCCAGUAUUUAACCAUGGAUCUUUAUGUCACUUGCUGCCUUUAUUACUGACAUUUCCUUUUAGCCAUGUGAUGACGGAGUGUGUAAGCCGUACUGUAUAUCAUAUUGUGAUAUCGGACCUUAGCUUGUGGCCUUUGGGCUCCCCCCAGUUGAGGGAAACUGAUGAAAACAAAGACUCAGUCAGGUGUCUGACCUGACGUGAACCCGUCCACUUUGAGAAAGCAGCUGACAGCAAUCUGCCCGCUCUUUGUUGUGAGUAAAGACAUUUGCAACUUUCUUGUUGGUCAAAGGUCACAACAGUUGUGUAAAUGGAAACUACACAAAUGAACAAAGUUUGCCUUCGGUAAAUUUGCUUUGUUAUAACAUUGCUUUCUGAAAAUAAACUUUA